AUGGAGAUCAUCAUCCUCCUAGGGUUCCACCUCCUCUUCUACACCACCCUCCUCAUCCUCCAGCGCCUCUUCUCCUCCGCCGCCCUCCUCCUCCUCCCCAUCUCCAUCGCCGCCCUCUUCACCCUCCACCCCAACCACGACGGCGGCAGCAGCCUCCCCAUCGCCCUCCUCCGCAAGCUCAUGCGCUCCCGCGACCGCCUCGGCGAGGUCGUCGCCUACGCCAUCGACAGCAUGCACGAAAAGGCGCGCCGCGACCACCACGGCUUCCUCAUGGCCGUCCACGACCUCGACGUCGACGAACAUCAUCACGAUGCCCUGUCGCCGAAGAUCGUGGCCCUGUGGACCAGCUUCGCCGCGUACAUGGGCCUGAUGGCCCAGAUCCUGUUUCGCUAUCCUUUCUCCGGGGAUACUUUUUUUGCCGGCGGGAUGAUCGCCAUCGCCAUCGUGGCCAACCUCGUCGCCUAUUUUAGCUUUGCAUGGGAUUCGGCAUCUCGUAAAAAGAUGAAUGAAUUGGAGGAAGUGAAGGACAAGUUGAGAGAAGAGCGAGAGAGAUGGGAGGAAGAGAAGAGGAAUCUCAAGGAAGAACUGGUUAGGGCAAAACGUGGAUCAGCUGAUCAGCAACCGCAAAAACUUUCUGCUGAUCCACCUGCUCCUAGGCCGCUGGGCAGAGCAAGUUCAGGGCCGAUAACUUCAGGUUCCUACUACAGUAUGUAUGGCAAUUUUGAUUGGGACUAAUUUAUAAUAUGAAUUCUCUUAUAGGAUGGUUCAUCUUUGGAUACUUAAUCUCGUGUAUAAUUAAUUGCAACAAGCAAUUAAUGGUUUUGCUCAUCUCUCACAGUUUUGUAACUUCCUUAAUUACCUCGAGUGG